GCUGAUCGGCAACAAGUGUGCCACCUGCUUGAGAGGUUUUUUUCAGACCCAAUGUGUGUCACAGGUAACAUUUCCUGUUGGUGACUGAUGUGAUGGGAGCCAUGUGGGCCUUCUUUGUUUGUCUCCUGACUGUUUGGCUUGCCAAAGGCUCUUGUUUGCCAGUUGGUGGGACAAAUAAAAAAAAUGAGCAUGUGCUUCAGAGGAAGAUGGAAGAUUUGUCUCCCAAUGAGCUCUCAUUAAAGAAGGCCAUUGCACUUCUCCAGUCAAUGGAGUCCAUGUUGGGGCAGCAAGAAGCUAAAGAAGAACAACUGGAAACCAAUGAUUUGGAAGCUGAGUCAUCAGUUGGCCACGUGAAACCUGAGCAGAAGAAAGAUGUCCCCGUAGGCAAGGCUGUGAACAGCGGCACCUUUGCCUUCACCUUCACCUUCCCUGCAGGCAGCAGAGCAAGCAACAGCAACAGCCGCAGCACAGCCAAUGAUGGCGGCAGCAGCGGAAAUGACUAUGGCGGCAGCAUGUUCGGCGGCUCGUUUCCCGGCAUCUUUGGCGCCAUCUUCCCUGCUAGCUACGGCAACGGCGGCAUGUCCGUCGGCUACGGCAACGGCGGCAUGUCCGCCGGCUACGGCAACGGCGGCAUGUCCGUCGGCUACGGCAACGGCGGCAUGUCCGCAAGCUAUGGCAACAGGGGCAUCUCCGUUGGCAAUGGCAACGGCAACAGGGGCAUCUCCGCCGGCAAUGGCAACGGCAACAGCGGCAUCUCCGCCGGCAAUGGCAACGGCAACAGCGGCAUCUCCGCCGGCAAUGGCAACGGCAACAGCGGCAUCUCCGCCGGCAAUGGCAACUUCAACGGCGGCAUCUCCACCGGCAACGGUGGCAACGGUAACCGCGGCAUCUCUGCCGGCAAUGGCAAUGGCAACAGCGGCAUCUUUGCCGGCAAUGGCAAUGGCAACAGUGGCAUCUCUGCCGGCAAUGGCAAUGGCAACAGCGGCAUCUCUGCCGGCAAUGGCAAUGGCAACGGCGGCAUCUUUGCCGGCAAUGGCGAGGGCAACGGCGGCAUCUUUGCCGGCAAUGGCAACGGUAACCGCGGCAUCUCUGCCGGCAAUGGCAAUGGCAACAGCGGCAUCUUUGCCGGCAAUGGCAAUGGCAACAGUGGCAUCUCUGCCGGCAAUGGCAAUGGCAACAGCGGCAUCUCUGCCGGCAAUGGCAAUGGCAACGGCGGCAUCUUUGCCGGCAAUGGCGAGGGCAACGGCGGCAUCUUUGCCGGCAAUGGCGAGGGCAACGGCGGCAUCUUUGCCGGCAAUGGCAACAGGAACAGCGGCAUCUUUGCCGGCAAUGGCGAGGGCAACGGCGGCAUCUUUGCCGGCAACGGUGAGGGCAACGGCGGCAUCUUCGCCGGCAACGGUGAGGGCAAUGGGAAUGGUGGCAUCUCUGCUGGCAAUGGCGAGAGUCAUGGUGGCAGCAACUUCCUCCCCACCGGUUUUGGCAACUUCGCAGGCGACAGCAACGGCAGCAGCAGUUUCAUCAACGGCAGUGCAGCUGACGGUGAUGGCAUCAUCGCUAGCAACAGCAGCAUCUUCACAGAGUCAUCCUCGCUUUAGAUCUUGGGACCCCAGAGCUGAUCACAAACUCCUGUAACCACAAUGAUAAGUCCGGAGUAGGUUUGCAGAAUCAUGCAAGAGUUCGGUUGAAGAUAUUUCUGUACAUCAAAGUUUUCUCUGCUUUAAAUAAAACUCUUAACUGAUAUGUUUA